AUGCAUUACGACAAUGUACCACUACUCACCUGUAUAAAUAAACAUUGUGUGCCUCUAGCCACUAUCAACACCGUCAUCACUCGACGGGAAACCACUCCGCUCCAAAUCUCUCUAACAACCAACAAUCCCAUCCCACCAACUCGCCCACCUCUGAAGCCCAUGACGCACCCUGCUCGCCCUCCUCAAAACUCUAUCCCAGUCCCCUCCCGCAGCCCAUCUCCGGCCUUCUGCCUUUUCGUCGCACUACACAUUCCCCCAACAACUGCCGUCCUUCUCGAAACCUUGCCACAGUUGCCGUCCCCUUCCAAACCUUCCUCGCUGCCGCAAACCUUCUCCCGCUACAAACCUCUAGCGUCGGAAGCAUGCCUACGAACCAAUCAGACGUGCGCCUCCCGGAAGUUUCUCCGGGCGCCGUGCAAUCCACGACGGACCUGUGCGCUGUGGCUGAUCUAA